AUGCAUAAUCUCGCAAACACAUAUGCAUUCAUAUGAUAUAACUGAACAACAAGUGAUCUUGUCACCUAAUUCAAGUAUACUGAACAUUUGACGGGGAAUUUAAGCUGAAUUCUUCUCUUACUUCCUCCACUUUCUACUUUCUCAUCUUAUCGUUAACUUUGUUGCAAUCAAAUUAUUAAGUUGUAAAUUUAUUUCGGCGCAUUAAAUGAACGUAUAGAAAGUUCACUCGUAAACAAACGUCAAAAAAGGAAUAGAAAGAAAAGGAAUCAAGAAAUUACAUAAUUUGAAGAAAAGGUAAAACCACCAAUACUUGCCUGAAAAUAUCUUCCUUCUUUAAUAUUUCAUCAGUAUUCUUAAAACAAAAGACGUCAAAGUGAAAAUCACUUCGUCCACUAAUCGAAUGGUUGGAAUCUAUUCUGAGUGAUCAAAACAAAAAUCGGCUUAUCAGUAUACUUAUUAACUAAGUUGAAAAGUUGAAUGAAUUUCUUUUCCACUGUGAAAUGCUAAAUACUUUGGAACAUUCUGCAAGAGAAACCCUGAAAAUAUCUUCUCAGUUGUCCAAUAUACAAAUAUAAAUACUGAAGAAAAGUGAAGCCACUGCGCACUACACUGCAUACUCCUCUGCAUGAUACUACUUCACGUUUCAUUACGAACCAAAAGCAGAACAUCAGAACGGUGAUUUCCUUAUUUUGAAGCAUCAAGACUGAAAGAAUAACGGACUACAAUGAACUAUCAAGGAUACCAUGAAAACAAAAUGAAGUCCAGUCAAUAUACACAAAGAAUCGAACAAUACCCAAACCCGUAUGAAAACCAUUGUGGUUACUCUGAAGUAUACUAUGAUACUGAAAAACAUCAGCAUAUACUUCCUUCUCAGUACCAACCACCUGCAGUGACUCACUAUCCGCAUUCCCUGAAACUGAAACGCAGUUGUCACAAUACAAAGUGUCGUUACUGUUUUCCAGAUACCUGUAACAAUGUGUUAACUCAAUUCGAUCUAGAGAGUAAAUCAUCGUCAAGUGAAUCAGCCUCUCAGAUAGUAACUAGAAACUCUGUGAAUAAUCACAACAGUUAUAAGAAAUUCCUUGAGCAAAAAAGUAGACCAACUUGUGUCAUACAAGAAGAGAUUGAAUGCGAUGAAACUCAAAUGGAUGAAGAAAAAGGACGACGAAUAGUGGGCCAGUAUACAGAGGAAAUGAUCCCUGUAUAUAGAGAAAUUAGAGUUAAUACACCCGUAGUGCAGCAUAUUACACCGUCUAACAUCAUCGAUAAUAACCUACCUGUUAUGCAUAAUAACACUUAUCAUACAGAAGAUCGUAGAGAUGUGUACUGGUCAAAUAAACAAGUCCCACUUAGUGUUUGCACUAAUGGCAAUAGUAGUAUCGGUAGUAGUAAUUAUAAUAAUGGCCCCACUGUGGUUAAAAACAGGCAAAGAGAUUCAUUCAAUCAAAGCAAUUGUGAGUUUUGCUGUUUACAAAAUAUCUUUUAGAUAUUCUUUUUUAAAAUCUCUUCUAAACUUAAAUGGAGAUUUUUAUGGAGAUAACGAAUAGUAGCCACAACCAACAACUAACCAAAUGAUGUAUUUAUAAGGUGUAUCUAUAUGAAAACGAAAUAUCACGAUGACUUUUAGAUGGAUCAAAUCUGUUGUAAAUGUUGUAAUAAUGUUCUUGAGUGUAUCAGUGAAGUUCCAGUAAAAUAGUUUAAGUAACUGCCUUGCAUUUGUUCAUCCAGGUGGCUGUCAAAAGUUUCAUUUUACAAGUCAUCUAUCUCCCAGAGUCUACUCUCGAGGCUUUUGUGUGGAAUCCUUUGAUUCACUUAAUAUACACACCAGCGACUGACAUCAGAAUAAAUAAACCUUUUUAUGAGGAAUAAAUUUGAAAGAUCAAUUUUCUCCUCAUCAAUACUAGCAUAUGGAUAUUUUUAGUCUCAAUUUGAAAAUGUUUGAGAAAUAUCCGAAAUUUCUGGUUAUCCACACAAACCUUCAUGACGACUAAUAAAGUAGUUCAAUGACUUCAUAUUGAUCGAUAUCCGGUAACUGAAAGUCAGAUGCUGGCGUGAAUGGGAUUAAUGUUUGUGAAUCGGUUAGUGAAUCCAAAUGUCAAGAUUGUUCAUAGUUCUUGACCCAUAAAGUGGUCAGUAUUGAUUUGAACAAAUAUUUACAUAAUCAACGUCAACAUCACCAUCCUAAUCGAAAGUUUAAAAGAAACUCAUUCUUUACAUUUUUUCAUCCAAAAAGUUAGUUUUCAGCUAGUCAAACAUUCAAACGAAGUAAUUAUGUUGCAAAAAAAAAUCAUCGAACUCAUUUCUUCUACUGUUCCCAAUUAUUUCCUUCAUACUCUUUUUUAUCCCUCUUUGUUGUUAUUUUAUAUUGUUGACAAUUUUUUCAACUUAUGUAAGACAUAUUUUGUUGUAUACACAUUUCAACACUGGUAGGAUGCCCUUACAGUAAUCAUGGAAUCAAUUCCAAUAAAGUACAACUAAUCAUCGUAUACAAUAGAUCUUUAAAAAGAGAUAUUUUGAAUAAGUCCUCCAGUACUGAACAAUACAGACCAUUUGUGACUGAAGAAUUCAAUGGGAACUGAUAAUUGUUCACAUUGAAAAAAGUGAAUUACUCGCAGUUCUAGCAGAAAAAAAUCGAAGACUAAUGAGCCUAUUAGGUUGCAACACUACGUAGUCUCACAUUAUACCACUAGCUGACUAAAUCUACAGAAUGUGGGCAGCAAACUUUCUAACCAGUAAAAUAUCCACUCCAUGUUUUCCUCAUAUGUCUUGAAUAUCUUAAUUUCGGUCUUACAACAACCGCUUGUUUAUAUUCUAAGGAGACAUCUGACCAAACCUAAGUGUAAUCCAGCUGAUAUCAACUGGUAGUGGAAAUUCGUUUAGAACUUUUAAAGUCUUAUAAAGUUCGAAAUGUCUUAUUUAUACACUUCAAAUUAUAACUUGGUAUAACUAGCGUUAACCUCUGAAAUAAGUACUUUGUAUUAUCAGUAAAGUUAUUUGAAAGUGUAUACAUGAAUAUCAAACAUGCAUACCAACAAACAAACACCAUAAAUCCGUUCUCUAUUUAGCUGACAGAGGUGUACAAUACGAAUCAAUAACGCUGUCUACAGAUACAGCUCGAUCCUCACUAAUAACUGAUCCUCUAGCAGAACAUGAAAUUUCAUCUAGAUAUGCAAAGUUCAACAGCCAACUCGGAUCAAAAAAGAACAUGCUAUUGCGUAAUGAUUUUAAAAAGCUGCCUGAAAAACCCAUGGAACCAGGCAUGUAUCGAAUGACUGAAAGUCGCAGAUUACGUUUAAACCCUUUAACAAGUUGUCCAGAGGAGAGUCAAUCAAUUGCAUACAGAGGAGAAUCAAUUCUUAAAUCAGGUGGUCUUAGAAAUCAUGAAUUUGAGACACAGGCAUUAAAUUAUAACCGAUACAAUCAUUAUCAUCAUUGUGAUCAGUCCAUUUUCUUAAGUUUGGGUUCCACACAUCGAUUAAAAAAAAAUUUGACUCAUUCAAAUCCAUCAGAUGAUGGAAACUUCUCAAUACCUAAACGUACAAUGAGUCAUACCAAUGUCUAUGGGCCACGAUCCUGGAAUUUACGAUCUUAUCAAGGAUCCGAAUCUGAUCUGGCCUACAAGCGAGAGAUGUCCUCAUCAUCACAUUUGGCACGCUCCGGUUAUUCAGCAAGACGUGAACGUUUAAAACAGGAACGUGAACAGGAGUUAGUACGACAGACGAGACUGAGACAAAUGGCAGCCUCUUCAACUGGAUUACAUGAUCAUCGUCAUUAUCAACAACAAAAUGUUCACAACCAUAAUAAGCAACAUUAUCGUUCAACCUCAGCAGUAAAUAGAUCUAUUGGGAGUACUGAAGCUUUCGAAGAGUUUGAAACAAUCACUUUGCAGCCAAUAGGUAGAGGUGUUCAGGACCUCGAUUCACAUGUUGGAUCAAUGACGACAUUGGCACGAGGAGGUGGUGCUUCAUCUAUGAUUGAAGUUCAUAGGCAUACAGUUCGAACUCCUAGAGUACAUUCGCCGUCUUCUUACCAUUUUAAUCGUGCACACAGUACAACACCAACACGUUAUAGUAGACCUGCUAGAAGAUUAUCUAAUUGUCUUCAUAAACGUCAUUCAGCUUUUGGCGGUUCAGGUGAAACAUAUCCUUCACUCAAAUCUCGUACUCCUGAUCCAGGACGUGAUAUUACGGGCUCUCCUUUAUGGUCAGCAUUACCAAGAAGAUUAAGUACAUCACCACCAGUCACUUGUAAGUCAUGGAAAAGUGAACGAAACGUGACUGCCACACCAUUAGAACCGAUUAGCUAUGAAGAUGUAAUGCCUAACACACAGAUGGCAAAAAUUCAAGUGCUGGAAUCGAAUGACUUACCAGCAAUACUAACUCCAUAUUCUAGACAAUCAAGUGACCCAUAUUCCACAUCUGUCACGAAAAAAGAUGCGAAAAUGUUUGAAUCCCAUUCAGAAAACAUUGCAUGGAACAACCACUUAGAUGGACAUGAAUCGGAAACGGUUAAUCUGAGAAAGGUGGUUUCUUUGAAAAGACCACCUGAACGUUCCAAAUUAUGGGCACUCACGGAAAGCCUAACAACUAUGCGACCAGAAAGUGGUUAUCUACCCACUUCUCCACGUCAGUCAAGUGUUAUUGAUGAAGAUGACGGUAGAAAAGAUGGUGUUAUUCGUGUAUCAAAUUCAGUGGAACCUGGAAAGACUGUGUUCACAUCUGAAAUAAAUGGUCUAAGUCACGUUGAUGAUCAUCAUCAUGCUCGUGCAGGUUCACGCGCAAGCUUAGCACGUCAACCGUUUGCUUCAACUCAAUGUCUGAAUCGGCAAAACUUGAAUCAUGAAGGUGAACAUACAAUUUCUAUCAAUCGUAUUCAACCAGUAUCAAGUACACCAGUUCAAAGUCAACCAGGUAGUCGCCUUGGCACACCAGCUGCGUUUACUGAUCACGUUUCUGGAGUAAACAAUCAACAAACAGUUAUUGGACCGACAAAAGUUAUCAGUAACCUAAAUGUGAUAACCACUACAAAAAGGAUGUCCGAAAGCACAGAAGUUCCUACGCAAAAUGGAUGGAAAUCGGAGAAGACGAAACUAGACGUGGUGGAAAGUAGUAAUAUGGCCCAUGUGAAUGCAACGGCACGAGUAUGGUACAGACCAAAAUUAUCGAGAGAAGAAGCUAUCAGUAUUUUACGCCAACAAGUCCCGGGGAGUUUUCUCAUCCGAGAUAGCACAACGUAUAAGGAUGCAUUUGGUCUAGCCGUUAAAGUUGCUACUCUUCCACCGAAAGUUACACCAAAAUCUGAUGAUCUUCAGUCUGAAUUGGUUCGGCAUUAUCUAAUUGAGGCAGUGAAUACCCCAACUAAAGGUGUACGUCUAAAGGGUUUUGCCAGUGAGCCAGUAUUUCCAAGUCUAGCUGCCCUUAUCAAUCGACAUACACAAGAUGCUCUAGCACUACCAUGUCGUCUAAUCCUUCCAGCCAUUCCAACUACACCCUUACCUCAAGGAUAUAAACCUCCACCGCAGAUUGUGACCGGUAUCCCAUCGAGUAAUGCAGAUAUACCGAUAAGUAAUCAUGUUUCACGGACUGACAAUGAAUAUAGUUUAAAAGUAGACAGUGCUACUGGACCAGUUUCAGAAAUAGGUUCAGUUUUAAUGGACAAUACUGAAAUAGACUGUACGAAAUCAAUUAUAGAAACCUCUACAGUUGGCAUAGAAGGUCUACCAUUUGAGUGUGUAGUAAAAGAUGAUCAAAACAAACAAAUGGUGUCACCAAGUUUACUCAACCAAGGAAUGACCUAUCGGUGUUUCAUGUUAGGAUCAGUUGAUACGCCUCAGUGGAAUAAUGAACUUUGUUUCUCAAGAGCAGUAGAUCAGUUGAUUCCAUUGGAAACAUUAACAGCAUCUGAAUGUGACCAUGGUAUUAGUCGUGUUCGAUAUUCAGAUAUUCAAUUGCAUGUUAGUGCACAUGAUGGUAUCACGAUUAUUGAUCUGUUAAGACGUCUAUUUCUUCGACGACACCUUCCUAACAAUGUAUUAUUACAUUGUGGAGUAGAAUCUCGAAAGAAGGAAUUUAUUCACCCUGAACAUCAGAAUCUUGGCAUACGUAAUCCAAAAAUCUUUGGAUUAGUUGUUCGCAAAGGAAUCAGUGAAUGUACAUGUCAUAUAUUUUCAGAAUGUGAUCCAGUUCAUUCAGCUGAAUCUAUUGUCAAGUAUAUACGAAGUACUUAUCCUCAUUUGAAGCCCUAAAUUGAAACAGAACUAAUGAAUAGACAAAUAUUAUCAUCAUUAUUACUAUUACUACCUAUCUGUUUAUCCUAUUUAUGAAAAUAUUAUCAUGAUAAAUAAGUCAAUGAAAAAAUAUCAUAUAUCUGUCUUCUUUCCUUCUUAUUGAAAAUUAUUCCUUCAAUCCCCCAAAACCUUUUCAUUGUCAUCAUCUUCAUCAUUGUUACUUCAUUAUAGCAUCAUGAAUCGGUUGUUCAAUAGAGAAAUGGAUGCAUGCACUUAAACUGUUUACCUUUAAUCGUUUAAGUUCUGUAUUCUCAAUGAUCUAUUGAAAAUUAUUCGAAAAAAACAGUUAACUUUUUCUACUACACUGAAGAAGGAUACUAAGAUGCAAAACUUAAUUGCGUUGUGUAUGCAAUAUUGUGUCAAAUUUAUUCCAUCUUUAUACAAUUGUUGUUUUUUGUAGUUCGCUUACUCAUAUGCCUUUUUUUCGUUUUCAAGUUUACUUACAUACUACGCAAUUAAGUUUCCUUUUUCUUUAUCAAGAGUUUUAUUGUUGCUGUUAUUGUCAUUGUUUUGACUUUCUGCUUUUCAAAAGUCCAACACCUUUCACACUUUAUUGUUUCAACAGUUUUAAUGGUUAAGAGAGAUUUAAUGUUUCGAAUUUAUCAUGAUCAGCAAAAAAGUCAACUAGAAAUUUAUUUAUCUGACUUGAAUUUGAUUGAUUAAUACAUUGUCUUUUACUAUAUUUGACGUAUCUACCGAUGAUAUACCGCUGGUAUUGUUUUAGUUGAUGAUUGUUUUUAGUGUUGUUACUGUCCACUUCACUUUGCCUUUUUAUCUAAGCAAUUUCAUUGGUGCGUUUCUGUUGUUGUGCAAUUGACGCUACUAUUAAGAAAAAUAUAUACUUAUUUACUCGUGUGGAUAUGAACGUUUUUUAUUCAAUCUUUUAUUCAAUAAUACCGAAAACUCUACAACAAUAUUCAAAAUAUCAUGUAUUCUAAAGUAUUUUGUCUGCAAGGAUUUGGUGGUGCAUAGCCAGAGUAGAUUUUUUCUAUAUGUCUCUUUCUGUUGUAUCCGACAGUAAAUUAGAAACUCCUUAAACUUGAGAAUUUAUGUGAAUCUAUGUACGUAUUUAUUAUGUGUAUGAAUGAAUAAAUGUAGGACUACAACUCAGCCUACAAUUUUUUUCUAUUUCCCGUGUUACUAAUAAGUAGUAUGAUUGUUUUAGAUAAAAGUAUGCUGAUAAAUUCAAUUAGAGCUGGUUGUUAGUUUAUAUGUUCCCAUGGAUAAAUUAAUGUGUAAAUUCAUCCCGGAUUAUCAGGUAAAUUGUUUAAAUAACUUCAAUAAAGGAAAAUUAACUUCUGUGGUCU